GUGAAACCAGUUAAUAUAAAGGAAGCAAUCGAAUAUUGUGUAUUAGCAUGGGAUGAAGUAUCAUAUAAGACAAUUAAAAACUAUUGGCAUAAAACAGAAAUCCUUCUAGUCGAAUUAGAUCAUAAUGAUCUAUCUCAAAAAGAUACUUUAUUAUAUGAUAAAUAUCUGGAUGAUGAAAACGAAGUUGAUUAUCUUAUUGAACAACUUCCAAUUAAUACUAAUAAUCUUUUAUCUGCCUCAGAAUAUAUAAAAAUUGACAAUAAUCUAUCUACAACUGAAAUACCUUCAAGCCAAGAAAUUUUAGCCACUUUUCAAGAAAAAGAUGAAGAUAUAAGUGAGUCCUCAAUUCAAAUUCCACUUAAAACAGCAUUGGAAA